CAGUAGCUCACCACUACUUUGAAAGCCUUUCUUUAUUACAAAGAAACUCACAAUGGCUUUUCUUCAAUCCACCUUUGCAACCUCCAUCUUUCUUUUUGCAUUACUAGCCAUUGCUUCUGCAACUGAUUAUUAUGGGGAUGGUCAGACACAAAAGUUAGAGAAACCCAAACCUGAAACAGAUUACAAACCACAGCCAACAAAACCAGACUAUGAAGUCCCCAAACGAAAAGGAGAAGGUGAAAAGCCACACUUACCAGCAGCACCAAAGUUAGAGAAACCCAAACCCGAAACAUAUUACAAAUUACCACACCCAACAAAACCAGACUAUGUCAUUCCCAAACCAAAAGGAGAAGUUGAAAAGCCACAGUUACCAGCACCCAAGUUAGAGAAGCCCAAACCAGAAACAUAUUACAAAUUACCACACCCAGCAAAACCAGAUUAUGAAAUUCCCAAACCAAAAGGAGAAGGUGAAAAGCCACAGUUACCAGCACCAAAGUUAGAGAAACCCAAAUUCAAAACAGGUUACAAAGCAUACCCAACAAAACCAGACUAUGAAGCCCCCAAACCCAAAGGAGAAAGUGAAAAGCAAUUUCUGCCAACAGUUAUUGGUGUCCAAGGCAUUGUUCUGUGCAAAUCAGGCUCUAAUUACUUCCCAAUUCAAGGAGCUGUGGUACGAGUUACAUGUGGAUGUGUUAGUGAACUUGGAUAUGAGUCAGGCCCUAUAUCAGUAUGGAGUCAUGUAACAGAUAGUAAAGGCUAUUUCCUAGCUAAAUUGUCACUUGCUGAGCUUGGGUCUGAAUUGAAGUUUACUGAAUGCAAAGCAUACCUAGAGAGUUCUCCAUUAGAAAACUGUAAAGUUCCCACUGAUGUGAACUAUGGAAUCAGUGGUGCUCGCCUUUCUUCUUAUCGCCUCAUUGACAAUAAGACCAAGUUGUACUCCGUGAAACCUUUCUUCUACACAUCUCAACCUAAAGUACCAGUCCCCAGUGGUUACUGAAACAGUUUCUAUUGACAUGAAAUGGCUGCAAAGUUGAAGAAUGCUGUUUUCUUGUUUUUGUUUUCAUUUGUUGUGUUGUUUUUUUUUCUAAUUCUUUGCUAUGUAUUGAUUUCACAAUUCGUUGGUUGGAGGAAUUGGUGAUGGCUUGAAGCCUCCUCCCCUUUAAGAGAUUUACUAUGUCAUAUUUUAAUACAUUGUUCUGAUAUUGAUAUCAGCAUCAACAUAUAUAUAUAAAGUAAGGUUCUGAGCCAACCGUUAUUCCUUCA